GCACUGCGUUCUGGAGGCGGAGGUUAGGCUGGAUGCUUCCGGGUGGAGGUGCGGGUGCUGCUCCUCCUGUACCUUGAUUUCGGGUGUAGGGGUGCAGGACCCUCCUCCUCCCCGGGGGUGACUGUGGGUGGCCCCCCCGAGGUGACCUACCAGGUGAGACUGGGGGGAGGGUCAGGCUCCAGGCUGCACCCCAGGUACUCUCUCUCCUUAAAUGGGGUUUGUACUGCGCUGCGGACUAUGUGUGCGCUAUAUAAAAACCUUUGGCACUCGAGAUGUUGUGGACUACAUCCCCCAUAGUGCUCUUACACCCAUAAUGCUGGCAAAGCAUCAUGGGAGGUGUAGUCCAAAACAUCUGGAGUGCCAAAGGUUGCCUAUGCCUGAUUAUAGCGCAUGCUUGGCAUGCUUAGCUUCAGGACUUGAAGGUUCCAAUGCGGCUGGUCUUACAGAUCUGUGCAGUUUACAGAUAAGGGGGUGGGUGGAUUCUGUUGGUUGAAAAUCACUUUUUUUUUUUUUUGCCUAAAUUUUGCUAUUCGAAAUUUCAACUCGCUACAAUUCGGAGUUUAGUAAAUAAAUCUCAUAGUUCUUAACGCGGCUCUGUCACUUUUCAGUAUUUCAUAAAGCCACAAUCUUUUUAUACAAAUUACAGAUUAGGGAACAGCACACAAAAAAAAAAUACAGUUUGACAUUUUAUAAUGCUUUUUAAAAAUGACCUAUCUCAGCAAACAAAUAUGGGGAUUGAGUUCCACCAUAUGGCCAUAUCUUGUUAGGCCCGCCAUUACGUCACAGUACCCCAAUAUCGGUGGGGUCCUACACUAACUGUAUUUUUGUGUGCGCGAUGUUCCUUAAUCUCUGUUUUGUAUAAAUGUUGGUCUGUAUAGCAGCACCAUUGCUGAGAAAUUCAUGCUCCCGGUGUGCCCAUAAAUCCCCUUUUUUGAAAAGAUAUAAUCUUUAUGAAAUAGAUAUCCUAAUGUUCGAAUUUCAUUGAAAUUCAGCCCAAAGAUAUAGUAGGGAUUACUUUGUUUUAAGGACAAGCCUGAGGUUGACAAAAGGCCGAGCGCUACUGUCAAUCUUUAUUCAUUCCUAGCAGCUAUCACUUGAGGUAUUAAUUUAUCGUGAAUCUUGCGGGAUCCUCCAUACACCUCAGUGUUGUACUCACUCGGGCCAAAUUUAGCACCAAGAGCUGAAUAAGAACACCAGGAAAGCGAUGGCAACGGCAAUGAGGGACAGAUAACUAAAUUCUACCUUCCCUUGUUCACAGAUGCCACCAGAGCCACACCUGAUCGGACACUUUCAGGGGUCUUUGCUAAAUAUGCAGACUCCCAAAAUUGAGAGAUCCUCACCAUAAUCAUUGUUUUGUAAAAUGUAAUAAACAUUAAAAAAAACAAGUGAAAAUAUGAGUUGUCCUUAAAUUUAACAAAUGCAUAUUCACUGCCCAGAUAUGUAACACUUGGUCAUUUAUUACCACGUUUGUUUAUUUCAGGCACCUGUUAGUGGAAGGUUGCGACAAUGGAUUCAUCAACCCCAGCAAGUUUGGGAAUGGUUUCAGAUGUUGUCUUCGUGAUAGAAGGAACAGCUAAUUUAGGACCUUACUUUGAGUCACUCAGAAAACAUUAUCUCUUACCUGCAAUAGAGUGAGUUUUGUUUUUUUCUCAAUCCUUUUCAUGAUUAAUACAUGGUUCACAAUGUUUAUUCGUUUCUUUCCUUUUGGUUACGGUAUUCUCCACCACGACCAGUAAUAUUAAUAGGUGUGUGUUUUGGAGGGGAUAAUUUAAAAGGGACACUAUAGUCACCUAAACAACUUUAGCUUAAUGAAGCAGUUUUAGUGUAUAGAUCAUGCCUUUUAGGUUUCACUGCUCAAUUCACUGCCAUUUAGGAGUUAAAUUACUUUAUUUCUGUUUUUUGCCACACCUCCCCUGGCUCUGAUUGACACAGCUUGCAUGAAAAAAAACUAGUUUCACUUUCAAUCAGAUGUAAUAUACCUUACAAUUUGUAUCUCUUGCUCUGUAAAUUGAGCUUUAAUCACAUACAAGAGGCUCUUGCAGUGUCUUACAAGCUAUUAACAUAGCAGGGGAUAAGAAAAUAUAAAUUAAACAGAACUUGCAAUAAAGGAAGGAUAAACAGAUGACUCUUUACAGGAAGUGUUUAUGGAAGCUGUGCCAGUCACAUGCAGGGAGGUGUGACUAGGGUUCAUAAACAAAGGGAUUUAACUCCUAAAUGGCAGAGAAUUGAGCAGUGAGGUUGGAGGGGCAUGUUGUAUACACCAAAACUGCUUCAUUAAGCUAAAGUUGUUUUGGUGACUAUAGUGUCCAUUUAAUAUUUGAGAAUAUUAUAUGCACCUGUGGGUGGGAUAACUUGAAGUAUUAUAUGAAAAAAAAUGCUUGGAGGGGGGGAUCUUUACACUGGAUACAUGUCUUAUUGUAACACUUUGACACGUUACUCUCAUCUCAUAUUAAAUUUCUGACUGUUUCACAGAUAUUUCAAUGGAGGCCCGCCAGCAGAGACAGAUUUUGGAGGAGAUGUGAGUUAUUUUUGCUUGCUUUAAUGCUACUCUCUACCUUCUGCUGAUCUACGAGUAUGUGUUUAUAUAUGUGUUUAUAUAUUUUGUAUUGCAGUAUGGCGGCACGCAGUACAGUCUCGUGGUGUUUAACACUGUGGAUUGUGCCCCUGAGUCCUAUGUUCAGUGUCAUGCCCCUACAAGCAGUGCGUAUGAGUUCGUGCAGUGGCUAGACAGCAUUAUGUAAGACCCUUUUCUAUUCUAUUUAAGAAAAAAAGCACAGAAAACCUUUAGUCUACAGGUGUAAUCUGAGCAAACAUUUUUAUAUUAAAAGUAUAAUUCUCCUGCUUAUAUUGUGUAAAAACAAAUUUCCUGAAUGAAAUCUUCACAAAUAUUUUUCCCAAUUUCUGAAAUAUUGAUUGUGUAAUGCCCGUGAAAAAUACAGCUGUGAUAUAAAUAUAAAAGUACUGUACAGUCCUUAAUCAUUUACCCCCUUCCCACCACCUUUUUUUUCCUUUCAGGUUUAUGGGAGGCGGGGGUGAAAGCUGCAGUCUAAUCGCAGAGGGUCUUAGCACAGCCCUGCAACUGUUUGAUGACUUCAAGAAGAUGAGAGAACAAAUGUAAGUCCAUUCAGAACAUUUACAGGAUUACACUUUAAAUGGAGCAUUGUUGAGAACUGACCAGGGAAUCUGAAUAUUUAGGCCAGAAUGGCAUUAUAGGCUUUUUCCAGUUUGUCUGUUGUGACUUAAAGGGACACGAUAGGCAUCAAAACAACUUAAAGGGAAACUAUAGGGCUAGGAAUACAAAGUGGUAUUCCUAGCACUAUAGUAACCUCCACUCCACACUUUAAAACCAUUUUGUCACUUACCUGAUUCCAGCUCCACUUUCCGUCCGUGGUGGGGAAGGCUCUGCCGAUGUCAGCCAGCAAUGGAUGCCUAAUGCCCAUGUUCUGCAAGCGCAUUAGGACUUCCCUGUAGAAAAGAUGCUGGAUGUCUUUACCAAAAGUCCGCUAAGGAUCCGGAUGCGCCUCUUGUGGCUGUCUAGACCAAUUCAAUGAGAGGAAGUGGUCAUGGUGCCUAUAGUGUCCCUUUAAUGAGGCUGUUCUGUUGUAGAUCAUGUGCUUGCAGUCUUACUGCUCAAUUCUUUCCAAUUAGGAGUUAAAUCAGUUUUGUUUCUGUCCAUGCAGCCCUAGCCACACAUCCCCUGACUGUGACUCACACAGCCUGCAUGAAACAAGUGGUUUAAUUUUCAUGUUUUUAUCUCCUGCUCUGUGAACUGAACUUUAAUCACACACAGGAGGCUCCUGCAGGCAGUAGAAAGCUAUUAACAGAGCAGGGUAUACAAAAUUCUAGAUUAAACAGACCGUGAUAAAUAUUUAGGUAACUUUUCAGGACAUGUUUAGGAAGACUGUGUAAAUCACAUGCAGGAAGGUGUUUCUAGGGCUGUGUAAACAAAGUAAGUUAACUCCUAAAUGGCAGAGAAUUGCGCAGUGAGAUUUCAGAGGCAUGAUCUAUAUUAUAAAAUCCUGCUUCCUUAAGCUAAAGUUGUUUUGGUGCCUAUAGUGUUCCUCUAAAAUGUGCAGUUGUCAACAAUUCCUAGAAUAGCCAUGUUUGUUAUCAUUCGGCUUUAAUUUGACAUAAAGGCAGUUUCAUUCUAGAUUUUUUUUUUAUAUUUCCACAAAGUUUUAUAGCCUAUAUACUGCUAAACAUAAAGUUGCUAUUACAGUUGCAUCAUCCUUAAUGUGUUCCAACUUUAGUUUCCUUAUUUUACAAAAUAAAUAAUAGAUACAUUUUCUACAAUCAAUGAUGAUUUUUCAUUAAAUCUGUGUCCAUUCGAUUCUUCCCUGAUUGAUUCCAUUUUUGUUUCUCAGUGGGCAGACACACAAGGUGUGCAUUCUGAUCUGCAAUUCUCCACCAUAUCUUCUCCCGGCCGUGGAAAGCACAACAUACUCUGGUUGCACAACCGAAAAUUUGGUCCAGAAGAUCGGAGAGGUGAGUUGUAUGUGCUACGGAUUUAAUUGUUUUCUCAUUACUAAAACGUUACCCACAAAUUAAAUUUUUUUUUAUUUAUUUGAUUUACCAGUUUGUACAAAUGCUGCAUGAUAAGUUCUGGCAUAUUAGAAUAAUAUCAAGAAAUCAAAAUGCAAUUUAAAGGGAUACUAUAGUGCCAGGAAUACAAAUUUCCUGUAUUCCUGGCACUAUCGCUCCCACUGCCUCGCCCCUCCCCACUGAAUCAAGGUUUAAAAACAUUGCAGCACUAAGUGCAGUAGGCACACUGCACCCAGACGCCUUCAAUGAUCUGAAGUGGUCUGGGUGCCUACAGUGUCCCUUUAAAGAACAGUUGCCAAGAUUAUUUGAACUAUGCCAAGAUUUAAUUCUGCCUGUGUGCUUAUCUCUUCUAACUCUACUCACUUAUUACAGAUAUGACUUAGAACCAUAUCAGUACACAUUAAGUAUAUAAUAAUCCAGAUGGCGGUGGUGAUGCUGUUUUAUAAUCUGGUACUAUAUUAGUAUGGUUUAACAAUAUAAUGUGACAUUCUAUGAUAUAGAAAAACAUUUUUUUUAAUACAAUAACAGAGUAGUACAUACUAAUAGAUGCUCCUGCUCUUGUAUAUGCACAGCCCAACCGUUCCUUUAUCUAGCAGAUUUUAGUUCAAGCCUGAUUAGCACUAUUUUUUUUUAACAAUUUUUUGUUUUUGUUUUCCCUUCUAGAGGGGGAUCCAUUUCUCUAUAAUCUCCCCACGCAAGCUACCCGCCUUGCGGACUCUAUUUGAAAAAGCAAUGCCAGUGGGCAUGAUGGAGCCCCAAGCAAAAGAUUACAGUCAGGAUCCCCGCCAUAUGAUCUUGAUUCGAGGGAUGAUCCUUCCAGGUUAGUACAAACCAUUGUUUUUUUUGUUUGUUUUACACAUGGUGCUGUAGGAUUACCGUAUUCGUAGUACAUAUCACAAUCUGGUAUAACCUGAUGGAUAUUCCUAUUGACAUUUUUGAAGGUCCCUAUUAUAAUUGCUGUCAGCUAGUACUGUUGGAAUUUCUGCUGGUACCAGGGUGCCUGUUGGCAGCAUAUGUGGCUUGGUUACCAAUCUGUACCCAAUUUAACAUUACACACUAAUAAAAACACAGUUUGAAGCUCAGAAAGCACAUCCAGUGGGUGGCAGAGAUAUGGUAGGUAGUACAGGCUGCUGGCUCUCAGGCCAUCUUAUUGACUGACACUAUCCAUUUGAUACUGUGUGUUUUAACAUUUUAAAUCUGCUUAAUAGCAGAUAGUUAUUAUUUAAUUAGCGCCAGGAAAUUCCAUAACGCUGUACAAUGGGAUGAACUCAUGAACAGGAGUUUUUAAUCAUGGUGCCCAAGUGGAAAGGUUAAAUGCUCCAUUAUCCCCUGUCCAAUAGGCAACCCAUAUAAAAAAAAAUUAAGGUUCCAAAAAGAGGAUAAUUUGUAUAGAAAUAGCCAGUGAUUACUAACUGGAAACAUUCAGAAAGAUCUAUCUUUUUUUUUUUUUUUUUUUAUUAAUUGCCCAGUGUUCUGAUUUAUAACCCUGAUUUGCUGAAAAAGACUUCAGCAACAUAACCUAAACUUUAAUAUCAAUACAAUACAUUGUUAAACACGGAUCUGCACACAGAUAUAAGCAGGAAAUGCAAACAGAGGGACAGACUUGUUGGUUCUUGUUUGUGCAAUCUGCCGUUAUGUUGUAAGCUCAUGGGCCUACUUGCGAAGCACAUUGUAGAAGUGCUACAUUUUUAGAUUAAACCCUAUCAGUGUGUGGUUUGUAUAUUAUGUGAUUUAUUAUUAUUAUUAUUAUUAUUAUUAUUAUUAUUACUGGUAUUUAUAUAGCGCCAGCACAAUCUGUAGCGCGUUACAAUAUUAUAAAAAGGAGGAGAUUUAACAAUAAAUGAGACAAUUACAAAAACUUAUAGGAACAGUAAAUUGAAGGGAACCCUGCUCAAACAAGCUUACAGUCUAUAGGUGUGUAUAUUAUGUGAUGGUUUGUAUAUUAUCUGAUGGUUUGUAUAUUAUGUGAUGAUGGUUUGUAUACUAUGUGCUUGCCGGUUUUCUUUCCACAGUUGGAGUUGCAGCUGUUCCUGGUGGGGUUCCACCCAAACAAGUCAUUCCACAGCCGCCCCUUCCUGUUCAGCCUCCGCUCCAUAAUCCGAACGCACACCAGCUACCCCAGGUCCAGCCUUCUUAUAUGGUAAGAAACCAAAUUUGUGUUUUAUCCUUUUGUGUGUUGAUUAUAUUUCCUUGCUAUUUUCUCCAGUAUUACUUUUUCUUAUCAAAUUCCCCCCACUAUUUGUUGUCAUGCAGCCAUAUAGAAGAGAACAUGUUGUCAAAUAUUUAUAUAAAUUAAUAAUGGUGUGUUUUUAUUUAUUUUUUAAUUUUUUAAAAUGUUUAACCCCUUACCUGAUUCCAGCGCCAUUGUCCCUCGGCGCUGGGUCAGGCUUUGCCCACGCUUCUCCCCUGCUGUCUCAGCUGGUGGGGGAGACCUAAUGCGCAUGCGCAGCAAUGGGUGUGCUCGCAUUAGUAUGCUUUCCUAUAGGGAAAAACUAACGCUGGUGGUCCUCAUACAUAGCGUGAGGACGUCCAGCGUCAGAUAACGGACCAUAGGUCCGUCUAGAUUCCGGGAGUCCCUCUAGUGGCUGUCAGCUCUUGUGGUUCAGUCCAUCCAUUUAUUUUGCCACCAUAUUGCUUGCUGUUAUAUGGCUUGUUGUGCAUGCCACAAUAAUAUCCCCCUACCAUGAGAGAACAUUUCACAAACCAGAUUAAAUAAUGCGCUACCUAUUUUUCAAUUUCUAAUAAAAUAAACUUAUCUAGGAUAAGUGCACAUACAGAGGGUAUUGGCUGCAUGGCACAUAGGGUAUAAUGAUGCAGUUAGUUCUAGUGAUGCCUUCCAUCCCCUAUGUAAACUAUAAGUAUAUAGGUAACAAUGCACCGCCUAAAAAUUCAAGUUCACUUUAUUAAAAAUAAAUAAAUACAAAAACAACUCUGAUCUUCUGAGAAUAUUUAUGAUAGAGCCUGUUUAAUCUGUGUUCAGGGGAAUUUAUAUAUUGGAGCCUGUGCAAUCCUUGCAGUUGCUUUCAGCUGAGCAAUGUCCCACGUGUUUUCUAGGCGAAGCAGAUGACCUCUGCCCACGCUGCUGCUCAGUCUGUAGUUGAGGCCGCAAAUAACCAGAAGAAUGGCAUCCCAAAUCGCUGUAAGUAUUUACUUUAUAUCAUUUUAAAAGUUCCAACUUAUCGCUGUUAAAUGUUUGAGAAGGAGGAUAUCCUUGUAGGUAUCUUGUUCUUGUGCCUACAUCUUAUUUGCUUGACUCAGCGUAUUUACGAAUAGCUUUGUUUAUAUUUCUUUUUAAAUAGCUGCUUUGUAACUUAGUAGGAAAUAAAUUUACUUGUAAAGGUACCUAAAGUCAGUUUUUUUUUGUGUGUUUGAUUUAUUUAUUUGUAGUUCCAGGGCUUAACCCAAUACAACAGACUCCACCAGUUGGACCUCCUUUUAACCCGCCUCCAGGUCCCACACUACAGCAAGGGCAGCCACCUAAAAUGGUUCAAUCCACCGCUCCCUUAAUAACGUCAGCUCCCCAACCCAGUCAAGUCUCCACUGUAACCACCGGCCCCGGACCUACAGCGGGACUGUUACCUCAACAACCGCCUCCGCAGCAGCAGCAGCCAGUCUCACAGCCUAUGGUAUGAGAAAUCCUUGAUUCUGAGAAUUUUCUUUUUGGGUUAAAACCAAUUGUUGUCAUUUUACAUGACGUGUGCUAGUGGGAUAUUAAUUAUUGCUUUUCUGUGCUACAAAUGAAUAUAUUAAAUCUUUUCAUUUCAGAGUUCUCUGCCAAGUUCAGGCCAAAGUAAUGCAGUUGAGAAGUUCUCCAACGGAGUUCUUUUUCCAACUCUGACAUUUUGGCCAAAGGUUUUACUUUGGUGUCAACUCCUUCUUUAGUGAAUAAUAGCAUGUGUCUUGAUUGCUGCACUGGGGACAUAGCUCCCUAGGACUGUUGACUAUGAAGCAUUUUGCAAGGCUUAGCCAUCUCUAAUGUUCACUCUUCAACUGCACGCCUUAAACAGAAUGGUUUUGGGAUGUUGAUGCUUAACAUAAUGGUAGAAUAAAAGUCAUGAACCUUGUCUCUCACCUUGCAGCAACCUGUUGCAGGGGCGUCAGGGGUACCUGCCCCCCAAAAUACAACACCUCAAAUUGGAGCACCCCAGAUACCCACUACGCAGCAAUCUGUAACCAACAAAAUGCUGGCCUGGAGUGGGGUACUCGAAUGGCAGGAGGUGAGUGUGAUUAAAGCUUUCUCUCAUGGGUUGUGUAUUGUAUCAUUAAAGGGACCAUGUUUCUCCUGCAAUAUUUGUUUGCCUUGAAGUCCUCAUUUAAUUAUGUAUUGUUGUUUCAAUCUGCUUCUUUUCUUGCAGAAGCCUAAACCAGCGUCGGUUGACACUAAUGCUAAACUAACACGGUCUCUUCCUUGUCAAGUUUAUGUCAACCCUGGGGAAAACCUGUAAGUAUAGUGACUGACUGAAUUUAAAGGGAUGCUCUUAGUAAUUUAAUCACUACAGCGUGCUUUACAAAUAACAGUGGCAGGAGUCCCCUAGCACAGUCAGACUGUUUACGACACUCUCAACCAAUUAUGUCUAAAGAUGCACAAAACUAAUUUUGCUCAUGCUGCAGAAUGAACAUCUGCUUUAGUGUAUCGAUGCAGCCAGGAGGAACUGCGGGUGGCUGACAGAGCCAGGCAAGUGUCAAAAUGGAUGGUGCCAGAGGACUCUUGACAGCAUAAUGAUUACAGUGCGCUGUAGUGGUUAUAGCACUUACUACUGUACACCUUGAAAGCAGACACAUCAAUGACUACAUUUAACUUUUGAGUGCAUCCUGAGCUUUUCCGCUUUUUCUUUUUAACUAGUGCAUGUUUGGCUCCUAUUUUAUGCAAACUUCAGAACAGGUGGUUAAUAUACAAUGGCCUUACAGUUAGGGGCCUCUGUUAUACUGAUUAUUCCAAGGUCCAUAAGCCAUUGUGUGGCCACCAUCAGGUUAUUAAAUAAUGUAAUAUUUUGUAUGGCUUACUUUUUCUUUGUAGCCCAAUUCUUUUUUUCUUUUUCUAAACUCUGAUUAAUAAUCUCCCCUUUUAACCCCUUAAGGACCAUUGACAUGUGUGACAUGUCAUGAUUCCAUUUUAUUCCAGAAGUUUGGUCCUUAAGGGGUUAAGAGAGAUCAGGGGAACAUAUUUUUUUUUAUAGGUAAACCAAACUUUGUAAAAUAGUUAGAGCUAUAAAAGGAACUGCUACUCCACUUUCUUCUCUCUCGCUCUCGCUCUCUGAUUUGUGAGAAUUCCUUAUCCAUCUUUCUCUUCUUUACAAUAACAGGAAAACUGAUCAGUGGCCUCAGAAGUUAAUCAUGCAGUUGAUCCCUCAGCAGCUCUUGGUAAGACACCAAUGAAUUAAAAGACAUUUUAUUUAUUGAUAAAAUAUUUUACCAGGAAAGAUACAUUGAGAUUUCUCUCGUUUUCAAGUAUGUCCUGGGUCCACAAAACAUUGCGUUGAUACAAUAGGGUACAAUAAAAUACAAAAACAAUAUUAAUACACAAUAUAUGCAAAAUUUAACAUAGAACAGGUAGGAAAUAUAUAAUCAACCAUGACAUGUGCAUUCUGUUUUGAGGUAUGUAGAGAGGGAUCUCUUAAAGGACUUUAGGCUUAGGGAAGAUUUGAAAGUGUGAGGGAGGUCUUUCCAUAAUUGCGGCGCUCUGUAGGAAAAUGAGGAUCGAGCUGCUUUCUUUUUGUAUUGAGGUAGACUAAAUAAAGUGCUGGUACUGGAUCGGAGGUUAUAGGAGGUGGGAACAGCCGGGGAGAGCAAUUCUGUUAGGUAGGGUGGGAGCUUCCCAGAAAAGCUCUUAAACACAAGGCUGGAAAGAUGAAGGGUGCGUCUGGAUUCCAGCGACAGCCAGUUUAGUUCUUUUAGCAUGUCACAAUGGUGGGUCCUGUAAUUACAUUGUAGCACAAAUCGGCAGAACGAGUUAUACAAUGUAUUACGUUUAUUAAGGUGGGUUUGCCGUGCAGGUGCAUAUACUACAUCCCUAUAACAAAUGAUUGGCAUCAGCAUUUGCUGUACAAGUUUUUCCUUUACUGUAGGGCUUAGGCAGGAUUGGUUUCUGUACAGGGCACCUAGUUUUGAUGCAAGUUUUUCUAUGUGGAGGGAGCGCAUGUGGGAUAUUUACUUCUCCUUCACCCUUCUUAACGUUUAUGCUAUUCCAUUCAGACGACUUUAGGACCCCUGUUCAGGAAUUCUCGGAUGGUGCAGUUCCACUUUACAAACAAGGAUCUGGAGUCGUUGAAGGGAUUGUACCGCAUUAUGGGCAAUGGAUUCGUAAGUACUGGUGGCCUGUCUGGCACUCAUUUUAUGAGAAGCAUCAUAUGAACCGUGGCAAAGAUUCUGAAAUGUCUCACCUCUAUGUCUAUCCCACCCAACUUUCUACAGGCAGGAUGCGUACACUUCCCACACACCACUCCGUGCGAGGUGCGAGUUCUUAUGCUGCUUUACUCUUCCAAGAAGAAGAUCUUCAUGGGGCUCAUCCCUUAUGAUCAGAGUGGGUUUGUCAACGGUAUCCGUCAGGUGAUAACAAAUCACAAGCAAGUGCAAAUGCAGAAAAUCGAUCAGCAUCGAAAUGUAAGCAACCUUUUAUCUCACUUUGCAUUGUGUUCUCAAGGAGCCUGGGGCCCAUACAGUCUUUGUGUUAAUUUCCUUAUUCAUGUAGGAUCCAAGGAGUGCAUGUUCUAUAGAUGGAAUGAUUCAUAAUACAAAAAAAAAAAAAAUCAUAGAGAAGGACAUAUGCAUAAUAACAAUGUUUAAAAAAAACAUUUAAUGCCCUUAUAGCAUAUUUUAUCUAGAAAGCAUUUAUGUUCCUCAAAGGUACUUUUUCCCCCUGAUUAACAGGCGUCCAUUGAAAGGGUGAGACCAUACUGACUAAAAUACCACCUCCUGGUGCAAAGUAUGUACUGUAUAGUGUUACAGAGUGAGGAAGUUAUAAUAUAUAGAGAUUUAUAUCUCACUAUAGUCAUAGAGGCAGACAUGUAUAGAAUUAUCUCAAAUGCAAAUAGUUACUUUAUAUUUGCUGAAUUCUCUAAUAAGCUCAUAACAGAUGUGACUAUUCCUUAAAGAAAAUGUGGUAUAAAUUCAUUCAAGAAAAAAUGUAUUUUAAUUUGGCCUCUCUCCAUGCAAGUCAGCAUUUGAAUCAAAUUAGCUAAUUACUAUCAUUAUGUAUGUGUUCCUUCAUUCAAGAUACUAGUUUCUGCUUGUGCUUAACACUUACCUGAAUAAUGGUACUUGUUUGUGUUUAAUGUUGUCUGAUAUGUUCAGCAACGUGGCAAGCUCUCACCGUUUUUGCUUAAGGGUGUUUUAAAGGUGUGAUCAGUGGUGGUCUGUUCCCUAGAAUGGUUAGGUUGCUUCAAUCAUGAUUCGUUGAUUAAUGUGGCGUUCUGCCGCAAACAUUGUAUUUUUUGCUGUGGAACUUUGAUAUACUGUUGCACUACGCUUUCUCAACUACAAGGUUGAAAAGAGAAGACGUGGCGGCUCUCAAAAAGAGAUUUGGGAGGCAUUGGUACAAAGUUGAGGAUUCAAGAUCCUAGUUUUACAAUGAAGAGAAAUGUAAAACACACAUAGAAUUAAUAUACACUAACACAGUAAAGGAGGAGACUAUAUUUAAAAGAAGAAAAACUACCACAACAAGAGGGCAUAGUCUUAAAUUAGAGGGACAAAGGUUUAAAAAUAAUAUCAGGAAGUAUUACUUUACUGAGAGGGUAGUGGAUGCAUGGAAUAGCCUUCCAGCUGAAGUGGUAGAGGUUAACACAAUAAAGGAGUUUAAGCAUGCGUGGGAAAGGCAUAAGGCUAUCUUAACUAUAAGAUAAGGCCAGGGACUAAUGAAAGUAUUUAGAAAAUUGGGCAGACUAGAUGGGCCGAAUGGUUCUUAUCUGCCGUCACAUUCUAUGUUUCUAAUACAAAUAACCAAAAAACGAUUUCAACUUGGGUUUAUUAAAAAAGAGACUGCUAUGAAAUUUGCUACAAAUAGAAACUCUUUUGGCCCAGUGAAAACAAACUGCAUCUGACAGAUAAUACAGUAAGAUAUCUACAAAGGAUAAUGCAAAGGCAAAGAAAUAGUGUAGUAUUGCUAAAACACCAAAAAGUGCUAAUGCUUCAAGGUUAAACUCACAAAUGUGGGUUGUAUUUUGAGCUCAUCAAAAUGUAGGUGAUAAUGCCUGUUCGAGCUGAUCCUCUGGAGAUUCAGAUAUACAUGCAAAGUUAAAUAAUAGAAACCAUAGUGCAGCACUCUUCAAUCAUAAAGUACACUGCUUUAUUAAGGUACACUUACAAGAUGUACGUAGUUAAAAAGCCCAUCAUAACAUCACAAAUUCUGGAAGCUGGAUACAAUCGUCUCUCUGUUACUUCACCAGCCAGAUGUAUGUGGGAGGUAUAAAAUCAAAUAAAUAAUAGACAGCCAAUGGUGGCACUUCCUGCUUGCUAGGUGACUUGUGGUCGCCUGACGCUUAACGCAUUUCACGUUUAACGCAUUACUCAAUGCUUAUACGCAUGAUGCUUGCUUGAACUUUUACAGUCAGGUAUGGCAAACCUUGAUUGUAUUCAUACUUUAAUGUAUAGUUUUGGCAUAUAUAUAGGGAGUGCUCUGGAUUUUUUAUGUUAAACAUACAAAAUCCAGCGCACUCCCUUAUUCACUAAACUGCAAUUUGAAGUUUUUACAGAAUGUAAUAGUUUUAUUUUAAAAAAAAUAAUGGGGGUUUAGUUACAUUAUAGUAAAGGAGACCCCUGAAACAGGGGGAUCCCAAGAGGAGUGGCUCUGGUACAGAAAAAAAGGAAAAAUAGUAUUUAGAGGUAAAUGGAAUAAUUAAAGAGAGGGGGAAAGGAAAGGAAGGAUGCCAUAUAAUAAUGGGCAAAAGGGAUGAAGGGGGUAAAGAAACAAAAUCAGAGACAAAGUUACCCCUACUCCACCCUAAACCACCCACAACUUGCAAAAGCAGGCAAUACUUAGGACUAACCAAUCCAAAGAGAGAGAAAAAUCCCCCCCCUCUCACAAGCAGGCUCAAAUCUUGUGGGCAAUAGGGUCCUAAUGAAAACACCCUUACAUAUGAAGCCCAAAAAAAGGAGCUGAAAAGGGCCUGCCUGAAAAACCAAAAUGACUAGAAUACUAACUAACUCAUAGAAUCAUACUGACUACCUAUGUGCUACCCAAAAAGUGAAAAUAAAUAAAUAAAAAGAAAAAGAAAUAAAAAGAGCGCUUUUCUUUUUAUUUAUUUAUUUAUUUUCACUUUUUGGGUAGCACAUAGGUAGUCAGUAUGAUUCUAUGAGUUAGUUAGUAUUCUAGUCAUUUUGGUUUUUCAGGCAGGCCAUUUUCAGCUCCUUUUUUUGGGCUUCAUAUGUAAGGGUGUUUUCAUUAGGACCCUAUUGCCCACAAGAUUUGAACCUUGUUUGUGAGAGGGGGGGGAUUUUUCUCUCUCUUUGGAUUGGUUAGUCUUAAGUAUUGCCUGCUUUUGCAAGUUGUGGGUGGUUUAGGGUGGAGUAGGGGUAACUUUGUCUCUGAUUUUGUUUCUUUACCCCCUUCAUCCCUUUUGCCCAUUAUUAUAUGGCAUCCUUCCUUUCCUUUCCCCCUCUCUUUAAUUAUUCCAUUUACCUCUAAAUACUAUUUUUCCUUUUUUUCUGUACCAGAGCCACUCCUCUUGGGAUCCCCCUGUUUCAGGGGUCUCCUUUACUAUAAUUUAUUUCAUUUUGGGUUACCCCCUAUUUUGUAGCUCUGAAGUAGGCUAUCAGGAUAGACCCCACAGCCUUGCAAUCACUUGCAACACUGUGGUGGGAUCCUGUUAUUCUUAUUCUUCAUAUAGUUUAGUUACAUUAUAUGAUCAUAUAUUGCAUAAGCCUGCGACAACGUCAAUGUACCCCAUUCUUAGCAGGUCCUACUCUAACAGCCUAGUCUGCUCUUAUGAGAUUAACCCACUUACUUAGGAAAUACUUCCUCUGGUGACUCUCUGCAGUACAAGGGGUGCAAAACCGGAGAGUUGGCCUGGACUCCCAAAUAUAAAUAUAUAAUAAACCAAGAGGGUUGCACUCACCUGAACAUGCAUACAUUAUAAGGUGCUGCUGAUGGGGCCAAUUUAUACAACAUACAAGAUCCAGCGCACUCGCUUAUUCACUAAACAUCAAUUUAAAGUUUUGUUUGUUCAGGUGAGUGCAGCCACUUGGUUUCAUAUAUAGAUAUAGAUAUGUAUAUAGAUAUAUAUAGAUAUAGAUAGAUAGAUAGAUAUAUUAUCCAGAUAGCACUCCCAGGACUUGGAAUAAGUAUAAAACGUAACUUUUAAUUUACUUUACAAAUAUAUCAACGUUUCAGUCUGUUAUACCCAGACUUUCAUCAGGACUCUGAUGAAAGUCUGGGUAUAACAGACUGAAACGUCGAUUUAGUUGUAAAGUAAAUUAAAAGUUAAGUUUUAUACUUAUUCCAAGUCCUGGGAGUGCUAUCUGGAUAAUUUAUCUUUGUAUUUUCGCCUGACAAGCACCGGGCAUGUAUAUUUUGAAUUUCAUGGAGUGCAGGAUUAUUUUUUCUUUUAUAGAUAGAUAUAGGUGUGUGUGUGUGUGUGUGUGUGUGUGUGUGUGUGUGUGUGUGUGUGUGUGUGUGUGUGUGUGUGUGUGUGUGUAUGUAUGUAUAUAUAUAUAUAUAUAUAUAUAUAUAUAUCUAUCUAUCCUGGGAGUGCACAUGAAUAUAUAUGUGUGUGUGUGUAUAUAUACACACUGUGGUUUUGUAGAGCGCCUAUUUGUGUGAUUCUUGGCCUGUAUGUGGUAAUGGCAUGGCUGAAUAUUGGAAUGUUACAUCUUUUCAUAGUAUUUACGCAGUGACACCUGUGUUGGUGUCAUGUCACAGCUUUCUAGAAUAUCUUACAAUCACUUUUUGCCGUUUCUUUUCAUUGGGAUUCCACAACACUUUGCCUCUGUUGUGCUUGUAGCUGGGAUUAGCUCAGUCCAUGGGUACUGGGUCUGUACCAUCCAACCCUCAAGCUUUCCUAUCCAAACAGCCUGGCACACUCCCAGUAGCACAGGCGAUAACGUAACAGGUAAACCUGUAUCUCUUUUAAAAGUUUUGCAGUGUUACCUCUUAUCUGGUGGGGAACUGCUAAAAUAUGUAUUGACCCUUCUCCUAACCUCUCUCCUUUUAUUCUAGAUGUCCGGUCAACAGAUGGCGCCAGGUAUGCCCUCGGUUAACCCAGUUACCAUGUUAGACGAGCAACAGAGAUCGCAGAAUCUGGUGAGUUUAGACACAAGAUUGUUUGAAACUGUUAGCCAUCCAGUGCUCAAAGAGUCAUACCUAAUACAAGCUGUGGUAGUGGUUAUGGUGUGUGUAUAUAUAGCACAUUAAAUAUCUGAGGUUUUAUUCUCAGUCUUUACCAAGGGUCAAAUACAGAAUAAUGGGGUUUAAGACCAGAAUGCAAACUCUCAUUUCUUUUAUUUACAAUCCAUCACAAUAGUGAGUAAUGUGAACACCAAGUGUUGUAUGAUAUACCACUGGCAAUGAAUUUUGCAUGGCUGUGAUGGUAAUCUCCCCUCCCCCCCACCCCCCAUACUUUCAAGCUCCAUGUGAGAGUGCAGCAGCAGCCACAGCAGGCAGGCACACAGCCUCCACCGCAAGCACCACAAGCUGCUGUCCAAGCACCCGGCCAGCCUCAGAACCCACAGCAAGGAACCAUGCUGAGACCGCAGAAUCCUGGAGCCAACCCUCAACUGCGCAAUCUCCUUCUCAGCCAGCAGCCGGUGAGUACUGGCACAUGCUGCACUCCCCGUACAUGGAAGAUAUUGAACUGUCUUGUUUAGUUUAAAAAAAUAAAUAAAUUAAAUCAUGGAGUUAUAAACCUUUAACUUUUUUUGUUCUGUGUUUGCAAUCGGUUACAGCCACAGACCAAUGUCCCUCAGGCCCAGCAGCCUUUGCACCAUUUACAGCAGACUGCGCAGGGCUUGCUACCCCACCAGGCAAUGGGACAGCAGAUGCAGCACCAGGCGACGGGACAGCAGCAGCUUCAGAUCCCAGGACAGUCCCUCAUGCAUCAAGCCACCGCGCAGCAAUGGGGCAAUCAGAUGACUCAGCGGGCACCUAUGCCAGGUAAGCCGUAUAAUGUGCCGGCACACAAAAAACUGCUUAGCAGCAAAAUGGUCUCUUUAAGCAUACAUAGGGACAAUCAAAAUUCAAAGUUUGUCCUAUGUAUUUAUUAAAGUGUAAAUUGACAUUUUAGAUUAAAACAUCCAAGCUGGAAACAAAGCUGACUUGGAGAUUGUUACAGUUUGCCUGUUGUGGUCUUAAAUUUGAAGUUUAAUAUGAAUCCCUGAGAAUUUAUCUUAAUUAAAUAACCCUCUGUUUGUGGAUUAACCAGUAUUACAUUGUUGUUUUCAGGCAGAAGUGAAUGCUAUUCUUAUAUAAACAAUCCUUAACCUUUUUUUAUUACAAGAAAGUCAGAAGUUAAUUUAAGUAAUAAAGCCUACAGCGCUCUUUGUGUGAUAGUUUGAGGUGUGGAACAUUAUUUGGCCUCGCAUUACGUGAGUAUUAAUCAUCUCUGAAUUCCUGCAAAACCAUUUUAUUCACAGGGAUCUAAAGCAGUAAAUGCUGGUUCAUCUAUUCACUUGCACUUCUUUAAACCAUCUGACGUGGCUUAUCCUUCUCUCUGGCUGCACAAUUGCAGUCAUUCAAACUAGCUGUUACACAUUUUGCUCAUCUCAGUCAGCUUCUCCAGGUACACUCUGGAUUCGUACGCUGUGCCAGAUACUACAGAAAAUUACAGAAAAGUAAACAAUGCCCAAACCACAGGAUUUUGUGGUUUUGGUUCAGCAUCUCACUCUUUCAAUCUCGAUAUCCUGCCUUCUUUUCUUGACCAGAGUAUUAACCUGUCUGUUAGAUUAGAGUCUUAUUGAACACUAAAGUUCUAUGAUUCUUGUUGGUGUAUAAAAACUUUAUAUAAAAUGUUUAGCAUAUACUGAUUUCUAGAGAUAUUCUUUACUUAAAUGUUUAUCCUUUAAUCCAUGACUCACUUUAUGACUGUAGGAUGCCUACCGGGGGUUCAGCCAUACUCGUUUUAUUUAAAAUCGCUAAGUUGAUGUUUAAUAACUUGGGUCUGGUGGAUAAAUGUAUAAAAUGAAGACACAUGCUUGGCACACAGAGAUGGGGGUAAUAUCAGGCAGCAAUGUCAGUAUUUAAAGAACAAACAGACCAAAAAUAAAUUCCAACAGGGGACGUUUAUAGCAAGAAAGUAGAUAUCAAUCUACACACUGUGCUUUUCCCAAUAAAGUUCGUCUACUCGAGGCGCUGCAUCAAUACUUAUUUGAAAUAAUUCAUGCAAUGGGGCCAAUGUGAACCACUCUUUAAAUUGUUAGUUUAACAGCUUUUGAAUAGUUAAUCCCUGUCUCAAUGUGAAUAUUUAUUUGUUUGUUUAGUUAUUCUCGCCUGGCGAGUGCUGGAAAAAGUUGAGUAAAUCACCUUUCUAAUCGGAGGUAAGGGGGGGGGGCCAACCUCCAAUCUGCCUCCUUGGAAUACACGUUUGUGUUCCUGACACUAAAGUGCCCCUUUAACCCCUUAAGGACACAUGACGUGUGACAUGUCAUGAUUCCCUUUUAUUCCAGAAGUUUGGUCUUUAAGGGGUUAAGUACGAGCUGAUAUACAAGGUACUUAAACCCCCACAUCACAUUUCUGGCCAACUUCAGCAAGACAUCCCUCUAUUGUCGUACUCCUCACAAGUCAAGGUAUCAGACAGAAGCCCCAAUGAGGAUGACACAAUGCCACAGUGAUGCAAGUGCUCUUUCCUGGAUGCACCAGGGGCAGUCUAGCGAUUGACAUAAUUGACUCUUAGUCUGUCUGAUUACAUGUCUUAACAGACAGCUAUGGCAAUUAUGUCAUUCUGAGAUUCUCACAGCUAUUAGCCUAAGGGGCAGUUCGCUAACCAUCGAAUAAUAAUUCCCUGCAUAAAGGUUUGUGAAGAAUGUAGGCAUUUGUUUUUAGAUGAAAAUAAAAAAUAGAACCAAAGAACAGAUAAAACUCUAAAGCAAAAAGCUGCCACCCUCUAGGUACACUCUAAAAAACCUAUAGUAAACAUAAAUGGAAAAAGAAAGGAAGGUGGAAUAAAAUCCCACCUAAUGGGGGCGCUAAGCGCUAGAGAAAAAAAUAGUCUAAUGGAGGACUAUAAAUGUAUAAGAGUAAAUACUCUACAGAGACUUCGAAAAAUAGAUAGUAUAAAAAUACAAUUUAUUUUGCAUCACAGUGCAAUAGAUAUAUAAAAAAAGGGAAUAAAUAGUAAAGUGCAUAAACAUCCAAUGCAAAUAUGGUAACAAUAUAUAGUCCUAUUAUGAGACCUGGGAACAAAAACCCGGCAUCAACCACUAAACAAAACAGCAAAAAGUGAAGAGAUGAACUAAACAGCCCUUGGUCGCGACUUCCAGGGCUGAAAAAUACUUGCAAACUCGAUCGAUAGUGGUGAUAUUGUGGUCUCUGGACUUGGAUUGGAUGAUGGAUGAGGCUCAACGCGUUUCGUCCCGCUUUGUUCAGGACUUCCUCAGGAGCUGUGUAUAUCUUCGGUUCUUCCGGAGUCUUCUUUUAUCUUCAAAUUUUCGCGCUCAAUUAAGUCAUUGCGCAUGCGCAAAAGGACACCGACUUCCGUCGAGAUUGUUGCCGGAACGCAACUUCAAUGCGCCCGCCUCCAAUCACUAUCGGGAAAUGACCAAUGCGCAUGCGUAGCCCAAUUGAUGCGUGUUGAAACUUUAUUAGCAUCCGAAUGGAGAGACACAUUGAAACAUAUAAGCUACAUAAGUAGCAGUUGCAUGUGUCAAUCCAUUCGUAACAGUGGAUGCUUACAGGCAGAAUAAUAUAACCUCGGUGUGCCACAAACUGAACAUAUGUAUGAAAAAAAUAAUAAUCAAAUAUAUAAAGAAAAUCUCAUAAUUAGCUCUAAAAAAUAGAAUUUAACAAAAAACUUAAAAUAUAAAAAUAAUUAAAAAUGUUGUAUGUGUCAAACAAUUAUGUGGCAAACCUUACAAUCUAGAGUCCAAAAAUGGACAGAAAUGUUACCUCACUAUUGGAAUAUAUAUAAUAGGUGAGAAAUAAUUCAUAAUAAUCUGAAUAUCAUAUCCAUAAAUUGAUAAUUCUAUAACACUAGAAAAAUAUAUAUAUUAUAAACAAUAGAUAUCACAUAAAAACUAGAAUAUCUAGAUCUGUAUUUAGACCCAAUGGAGUGGAAGAUUUCAUUUUGUAGAUCCAUUCGGUCUCUUUUUUGGCUAGUGCUUUGGUGGUGUCACCACCACGCCAAUGUGGAACAACCAAAUCGAUACCUAAACACACGAAACUGUUAAAAACAAAAGUGGAACAUUGGUUACAGUGUCGAGGUACAUUGUGUUUGUCACUUUUUUUCUUUAUACCAUAAAAAUGUUCUCUUAAUCUCUCAUGUAAUUUGCGAAUAGUGCGGCCUAUGUACUGCAUUCCACAUGUACAUUCCAACAGAUACACUACAUUUCUACUGCUACAGGUAAUAAAAUGUUUAAUUUCAAAAGUUUCACCUGUAACUGAACUUCUAAAAUUAGUCGUAUUUCUUUUUUGGUAUUUACAAGUGCUGCAAUUUCCACAUUUGAAAAAGCCAUUAGGUUUCUUUAUUAAAAAAUCUUUGUUAUUAUUUUCACUCUUUAAAACCACUUUUGGAAGAACACUAGGAGCUAAAAUCGUUUUUAGGUUGUCAGUCUUUUUAUAGACGAUCUUUGGUUUUUUAGGCAAUAUUUUUUGUAAAUGUGUAUCCUGCAAUAAAAUUGGCCAAUAUUUCCUAAACACUUUCUCAAUUUUAUUUGCUUUAUUGUUGUAUUUUGUUAUAAAGGCCAUAUUGUAUGCAUUAGUAUCUAAUUUAGUUGUCUCUGAUUUUAUCUGUAAAAUUUCUUCUCUUUUGUUGUCCUCAAUAUCUUGUAGACUUUUUGUCAGUAAUUCUUUAGGGUAAUUUCUAUCUAUAAAUCUUUUAUUAAGAAUUUUAACCUGACUUGUAAAAUCCACUUUGUUAGUACAGUUUUUAAAAAGUCUCAUUUGUUGGCUCUUAGGGAUAUUCUUUAGCCAAAUGGGAUUAUGACAACUAGAAAAAUCUAUAUGGCUAUUGCAAUCUGUGAGUUUAAAAAAGGUUUUACUACAUAUCAAAUUCUUAUCAACAAAAAAAGUUAGGUCUAGAAAAUUAAUUUGACUAUCUCCUACUUCCUGUGUGAAAACCAAGCCAUAAUUGUUUGAAUUUACAUAGCUUAUAAAGUUAUUAAAGAUAGACUUGUCGCCCUUCCAAAUAAUUAGUACAUCAUCUAUGUACCUCUUCCAUAGCACCAGGUUUGCCCCAAAUGGGUUAUUAUCCCAAAUGCAACGUUCUUCCCAAUUGGCUACAAAAAUAUUGUAAUAUAACUCUAGGAGUUCUAACUAUAAUAAAUCUUAUUACGAUAAUAAAAACUAUAGUCAAGAGAAAUUUAUACAUAAUCGAAGAAAAAAUUUUGAGAACAAGAGAGAUUCUCUUAAAAAUACAAGCAGCAUUCAAACUACUAAUAAAAAAGAUAGUCCCAACUCCACAACGUGGAGAAAAACAGGAUAUGGAAAGCCUAAUUACUCCAAUAGUAGUGCUUUUUUAGGCAAGAGACCAUCCAAACAAUAUCCAGAAAAGAUCGAUCUAGUAAGAAAAAGUCCAAUGAAAAUGAAUCCAUGGACUCACAGAAACAGAUUUGCACAACUAGAGACACCAACCCCAUUGAAAAGAAGGCGACUUAUGGAAAAAAGAAUAGGACUAGAGGAAUACGAGGAGGGCGAAACCCUCCGCUAAAAACAAUAAUCCAAAACGAAAAAGAAGUGGGGAUUUUUAACCUCUCCAAACACAAUCUCACACAAAAUGAAAUUAGUCUUUUGGGAAAGGGUCUAAAAUUUGCUCCCCAAAAAAAUCCUAACCAUUUUGAACUUUUUAUGGACAUUCAAAGAUUCUUUAGGAAAUUAACUAUAAAACGUUUUUUUGAAAAGAAAGGCGAUACUAAUAACGAUUCCAAUAUAUCACAAAGUAAGCCUUCUGUAACCUUAGAGGCAGAACCAGGAAUAAUAAAUUCAAAGUUAAAAUCAAAGUCAAAAUUUUUUCCAACUUGGGAAAAAGGUGAAUACAUUCCAGUCUUCUGUGAUAUGGUAUUAAACGAUUUUGAAAAAAUUAAGAAAAAAAGAGGGAAAGUUAAUUUAUCUCAUAAUGAGAGAAAAGCAAUAAAAGGUCUUAAAGAAAAAUUUGACAUAGUUAUUAAACAAGCGGACAAGGGAGGUGGAAUCGUUAUUAUGGAUAGAGAUAUGUAUCUAAAAGAAUCCCAUAGGAUUUUAAAUGAUACAAAAACCUAUAAAAUUCUAAAAGAAAAUCCAAAUAAUGAGUUUAAAUCUGAACUCCAUAGUAUCCUAUGUGAGGCCUUAGAACAAGAAGUAAUCACAAAAACGGAGUUCGAAUAUCUUUUUGUUGAGUUUCCAAAAUUGGCUGUUUUCUAUCAAUUGCCAAAGAUCCAUAAAGAUCAAAAAAAUCCACCGGGAAGGCCUAUAAUUAGUGGUAUAGGCUCUCUUACCAGCAAUAUUUCAGAAUAUGUAGAUCUUUUUUUACAGAAAUAUGUUACAUCAGCCACUUCUUAUGUUAAGGAUUCUACCCAAAUGAUUAGAGAACUAGAAGGUAAAGAGUGGAAAGAUGACUAUCUAUGGGCCACCAUAGACGUCACCUCACUCUAUACGGUCAUUGACCAUGUAAAAGGAAUAAGAGCCAUUAAAGAAACUUUAGAUAAAGAUAUAAACAUGUCAAAAAAACAAAUGGAUUUUAUUUUAAGGUGUAUUGAUUUUAUUUUGCAUAGAAACUCUUUUUGGUUUGAGGGAAUGCAUUAUCUUCAAAUCUGUGGUACCGCCAUGGGCACCAGGUUUGCCCCUAGCUAUGCAAAUAUUUUUGUAGCCAAUUGGGAAGAACGUUGCAUUUGGGAUAAUAACCCAUUUGGGGCAAACCUGGUGCUAUGGAAGAGGUACAUAGAUGAUGUACUAAUUAUUUGGAAGGGCGACAAGUCUAUCUUUAAUAACUUUAUAAGCUAUGUAAAUUCAAACAAUUAUGGCUUGGUUUUCACACAGGAAGUAGGAGAUAGUCAAAUUAAUUUUCUAGACCUAACUUUUUUUGUUGAUAAGAAUUUGAUAUGUAGUAAAACCUUUUUUAAACUCACAGAUUGCAAUAGCCAUAUAGAUUUUUCUAGUUGUCAUAAUCCCAUUUGGCUAAAGAAUAUCCCUAAGAGCCAACAAAUGAGACUUUUUAAAAACUGUACUAACAAAGUGGAUUUUACAAGUCAGGUUAAAAUACUUAAUAAAAGAUUUAUAGAUAGAAAUUACCCUAAAGAAUUACUGACAAAAAGUCUACAAGAUAUUGAGGACAACAAAAGAGAAGAAAUUUUACAGAUAAAAUCAGAGACAACUAAAUUAGAUACUAAUGCAUACAAUAUGGCCUUUAUAACAAAAUACAACAAUAAAGCAAAUAAAAUUGAGAAAGUGUUUAGGAAAUAUUGGCCAAUUUUAUUGCAGGAUACACAUUUACAAAAAAUAUUGCCUAAAAAACCAAAGAUCGUCUAUAAAAAGACUGACAACCUAAAAACGAUUUUAGCUCCUAGUGUUCUUCCAAAAGUGGUUUUAAAGAGUGAAAAUAAUAACAAAGAUUUUUUAAUAAAGAAACCUAAUGGCUUUUUCAAAUGUGGAAAUUGCAGCACUUGUAAAUACCAAAAAAGAAAUACGACUAAUUUUAGAAGUUCAGUUACAGGUGAAACUUUUGAAAUUAAACAUUUUAUUACCUGUAGCAGUAGAAAUGUAGUGUAUCUGUUGGAAUGUACAUGUGGAAUGCAGUACAUAGGCCGCACUAUUCGCAAAUUACAUGAGAGAUUAAGAGAACAUUUUUAUGGUAUAAAGAAAAAAAGUGACAAACACAAUGUACCUCGACACUGUAACCAAUGUUCCACUUUUGUUUUUAACAGUUUCGUGUGUUUAGGUAUCGAUUUGGUUGUUCCACAUUGGCGUGGUGGUGACACCACCAAAGCACUAGCCAAAAAAGAGACCGAAUGGAUCUACAAAAUGAAAUCUUCCACUCCAUUGGGUCUAAAUACAGAUCUAGAUAUUCUAGUUUUUAUGUGAUAUCUAUUGUUUAUAAUAUAUAUAUUUUUCUAGUGUUAUAGAAUUAUCAAUUUAUGGAUAUGAUAUUCAGAUUAUUAUGAAUUAUUUCUCACCUAUUAUAUAUAUUCCAAUAGUGAGGUAACAUUUCUGUCCAUUUUUGGACUCUAGAUUGUAAGGUUUGCCACAUAAUUGUUUGACACAUACAACAUUUUUAAUUAUUUUUAUAUUUUAAGUUUUUUGUUAAAUUCUAUUUUUUAGAGCUAAUUAUGAGAUUUUCUUUAUAUAUUUGAUUAUUAUUUUUUUCAUACAUAUGUUCAGUUUGUGGCACACCGAGGUUAUAUUAUUCUGCCUGUAAGCAUCCACUGUUACGAAUGGAUUGACACAUGCAACUGCUACUUAUGUAGCUUAUAUGUUUCAAUGUGUCUCUCCAUUCGGAUGCUAAUAAAGUUUCAACACGCAUCAAUUGGGCUACGCAUGCGCAUUGGUCAUUUCCCGAUAGUGAUUGGAGGCGGGCGCAUUGAAGUUGCGUUCCGGCAACAAUCUCGACGGAAGUCGGUGUCCUUUUGCGCAUGCGCAAUGACUUAAUUGAGCGCGAAAAUUUGAAGAUAAAAGAAGACUCCGGAAGAACCGAAGAUAUACACAGCUCCUGAGGAAGUCCUGAACAAAGCGGGACGAAACGCGUUGAGCCUCAUCCAUCAUCCAAUCCAAGUCCAGAGACCACAAUAUCACCACUAUCGAUCGAGUUUGCAAGUAUUUUUCAGCCCUGGAAGUCGCGACCAAGGGCUGUUUAGUUCAUCUCUUCACUUUUUGCUGUUUUGUUUAGUGGUUGAUGCCGGGUUUUUGUUCCCAGGUCUCAUAAUAGGACUAUAUAUUGUUACCAUAUUUGCAUUGGAUGUUUAUGCACUUUACUAUUUAUUCCCUUUUUUUAUAUAUCUAUUGCACUGUGAUGCAAAAUAAAUUGUAUUUUUAUACUAUCUAUUUUUCGAAGUCUCUGUAGAGUAUUUACUCUUAUACAUUUAUAGUCCUCCAUUAGACUAUUUUUUUCUCUAGCGCUUAGCGCCCCCAUUAGGUGGGAUUUUAUUCCACCUUCCUUUCUUUUUCCAUUUGUUUUUAGAUGCACUAUUCACACCUAAUGCUAAUGAAUAUCAGUGGUUUGCGGUGCCUAUAUAGUGUAUUGAUUGAAUGUAUAGGUACCUGAACAUGUCAUCCCUACACUUUGUAUGUAUUAUAUACAGAAUUUUUGCUUUAUUUUUACUCAAAUCACACUGCAUUGAAACGUGUUCUAACAAAUCUGACAUUUGUACUACUGCAGUGUCAAUGUUACUGUAUUUAUAUGGUCACAAUUUGUGCAGGAAAGGAUAUUUCAGACACAUUUCAGAAUGUCAUAUUUUCCUUUUCAGGAGCAGGGAUGAUGAUGAAUGCUGGACCCCGAGGACCCGUCCCCCAGUCUGGACUUCAGCAAGCACAGAGUGUCAUGGAGGACGACAUCCUAAUGGAUCUUAUUUGAAGACUCAAUACUGCAGGACUGGCAAAUCACUUACCAAUGGUUGUCAACCAGCAUCUCCCGCUGUGCUGAGCCGGAUGUUAUCUUGGGUCGGUUUUGAAGACUGUGUACACCAAAGAUGGACCACCACGAUCUUCCAGCUGUUGGCCUGCAUGCCUCAUGAAGUCAUACCUCAUGGGAAUUGUAGUACAGCUUCUGGGAAGCCUUUGUUGGCCAUCCUUUGUGCCAGCUCUGCCUUACUUGCCACCUAAUAUUUUAGGACUUUACACCUUUAACCUGCAUCCACCAACUUCACCAACAGCUGGUAUUUGGCAAGCUGGCUUUUUUAGCUAGUUGCUGCUUCAAGGCGGCCGCAUAGGAAAGUAAUUCUAGACUUUGAUCACACUGCUUUCUAGGAAGGCUUAAUUAGUUGAAAGAUUUUGAUUUGUAUUUCAUGUCCCCUAUACUCACUCUGAGAUAUCGGUUUUGUAGUGCGGCGAUGCACAGAUUUGGUUCAUAUUCAGACUACACUCCCAUCGUGCUCCUGCAGCAAGUAGUACCGACCUUCGCUGAUGGCGCAGAACUCCCCAGCGAAACAUCGUAAGGAAUGGACAGUGGAAUAAUGGGGCUUUUCAAUGGCUACGGUUUAUUCCUUAGGAAAACAAUGGCUUAUUAGUUCUGGUUUUUUUUAUGACAGUGAAUUAAAGUCAUCUUAUAAACCUGAGGGUUUUAACUGGGUGCGGAUAUGAUAAUUGUUUAUUGCUUAUCCUUUGAGUUAAUGAAAAGGACUGUGACACCAAUAAUAUGUUUAUGAACUUAGAGCAUAAAGGCUGUAUGUGUCCAUUGUAUUAGGACAGUACUAGCACCUUUAAUGUUUGCUACAGAAAACAAACUUAUUUGCAUUGAUAUUAUUUCCCUGAGUUAAGUUUCCUCCGUGCCUGGAUAGGUAAUGUACAUUUGGAUCUAAGGCUUUAAAAACAAUACUUCUGGUAGUACUUAGGAGAAAAAAAAAAAUUGGCACCAAGUAAAAACCUGUUUUUCCUGACGUAUAGUGUCAAUAUUUACAGACUGGAUUGGAAACUGAUCUUAUAAGGGUGGAUCAAGCCUUUAUGAUACCACUGCUUACAUUUAAAGGGACACUGUAGGCACCAUUACUUAUUAAUAUCAUUUAAAGAGAAACUAGUGCCAGGAAAACAAACUCUUUUUCCUGGUACUAGAGCUUCCCCCCUCUGUCAAGGCCCCCAUGCCCCUCAUGGUGCAGAAUGGCUUAAAACCUUUUCUGUCACUUACCUGGGUCCAGUACUGAUAUUCCUCUGUGCUGGCUGAGGUCCGCCUUCUCUCCUCCCCCAGCGGGUGAGACCUAAUGCGCAUUAGUAGUUCCCCAAAGGAAAGCAUUAUUCAAUGCUUUCCUAUGGGCAUUCCGGUGAUGCUGGAAGUCCUCAUGCAUAGAUUUAGGAGUCCAGCGUCAGGUGACCAAAAGUCUCCUAACAAUCAGUUAACCCAUAAAGGUAAUUAUUGCAGCUUGUAAAAAAUAAAUAAAUCUGCAAUAAGUACCUUUGCAGGGUUAAGGGUGCAACCAGACUACUUCAAUGAGCUGAAGUGGUCUGGGUGCCUAUAUUGUCCCUUUAAGUGGUUAUAGUGUCUGGAGUUCCUACAGAGCUGUCCUUUCAUUCAGCAUUAAACAAGAGUACCCAGAAACCAUUUCCAAAUUCCUUCUGUGCUGCUUGGGCCAAUGAAGUAUUAGCCUGAGCAGCAAUGGGCAGCUGUGAUUGGCUUAGAGUGUCAGCUGACUACAGUCAGCCUAGCCAUUGCUGAUAUGAAUUGAUAUGGCUACAAGGAAAUGUGUAAUCUCUGCCUUAGUCACAUCUCCAGUAGGGGAUGGGGCUUUGGUAAGUCAGGG